GAACCCAUUAACUUUAUCUCAAGACGUAUCAGUCAUGGAGAUUCUUAUGGGUUUCAUGGCCAAGUUGUGGAGCUUUAUCUCUUUUCUCCCAUUCUUCUUCUUGCUUUUGAUCCUGGGCGUUCUCAAAGCGACAAUCAUAUGCCCAUUUGCCGUAACCAUCAUUUUGAUUGGCAAUUCAGCUGUCAUCAUUGGACUUUGGAUAGCACAUGUUGUUUGGACUUACUAUUGUGUGGCCAGAACUAAAAGGUUUGGGUUGGUUUUGAAGACUCUGGGGCUGUUAUGUUUGCCAGUUCCCUUGUUUCUCCGGCCAAUAGUUGGUAUUGUUGGAAGCCUUUUAGGUGGAAUAGGAUAUGGGUUCUUCUCUCCCCUUCUGGCAACUUUUGAGGCUGUUGGAAACGAUGUCAUUGGGGAAUUUUAUCAUUGCUUAAUGGAUGGCUGUUGGUCCACGAUUGAAAGAAGCUGCAUGGUAGUUCAGGACUUCACGGAUUGUUGUUUCCAUUCCUAUUUCUCGUACAUGGAUGAACUGAGAGAGAACUUACCUCCUGAUGAAAAGCCAUUCGAUGUGAAAUUGUCAUUAUUACCAAGUUGCUUGUUGGUGAUCAUGGUUGGGAUGCCAUUCGAUAUGAUCUUAAUCACGUCUAUUGCUAUAUGGAAAAGCCCUUACAUGCUGUUCAGAGGAUGGAAGAGGCUAUUGGAAGAUCUGAUUGGAAGGGAGGGACCUUUCUUGGAAACCAUGUGUGUCCUUGCUGGCCUUGCCAUCAUCCUCUGGCCUUUAGCUGUUGUAGGGGCUGUAUUAGCAGCCAGCAUAUCCAGCUUAUUUCUCAGCCUUUACAGUGGAGCUGUAGUACAUCAGGAAGACUCAAUGAAGAUGGGAUUUGCCUACAUUGUCUCAGUGGUUUCCCUCUUUGAUGAAUAUGUAAAUGAUUUACUAUACUUGAGAGAGGGAUCCUGCCUUCCCAGGCCAAAAUACCGUAGAAAAAUGACAACAACACAUGCCCAUGAAUGGAAAAACUUUGGAGAAAAUGAUGGCAAUGAUGCGAAAUGCAAGAGAGAAGUGAAGCCUAUUCAUGAAUGGAAAAACCUUGGACGCAAUGAUAGUGAUGAUAUGAAAUACAGGAGAGAAGGCUCAUGGAAUUCAAGAUUUAUCCCACAACAAACCAGAACUUUGAAGGGGAAAUUUCAGCUAUACAGACCUGUACAGGUAUGGGACUGGUUGUUCAAGUCAUGUGAGGUGAAUGGCAGAAUACUCCUUCAUGAUGGUUUGAUAAGUGCCGAGGACAUUGAGGAAUGUCUAAUGAAAGGCAAUUGUAAGACAUUAAGCAUCAAGUUACCAGCUUGGACCUUGCUUCAAUGUCUGCUAACUUCUGCAAAGUCCAAUUCAGAUGGAUUGGUGAUCACUGAUGAUGCUGAGCUGACUAGGAUGAACGAACCUCGGGAUAGUUUUGAGUGGUUUUAUUGGCCCUUGUUGAUCAUGAAAGAGCAAUUAAAGAAUCUUGAGCUGAAAGAAACAGAAGAAAUUUGCCUCAAAGAGUUAGUUAUAAGAUGCAAAAAUGAGAUACCUGAGGAAUGGGAUGGUGCUGAAUUCCCAUCAAAUAGCAAUAUCAGGAGAGCACAGUUGCAAGCUCUAAUACGAAGGUUACAGGGAAUUGUAGUUUCCAUGUCCCGGAUACCGACAUUCCGACGGCGAUUUAGGAAUCUGGUCAAGGUUUUGUAUAUUGAAGCACUACAGGCCAGAGCCUCAGGUAGUCAUACUGGGGCGAAUUUAAUCACCAAAUAUAUUGAAGAAGGCUCAAUUCAAAGUACAGAUGUGGAUGUUGAUAAAUCUUCAAGCAAUGUGAAUCACACAGCAUAUCAAGGUGAAAAUAUGGUAUGUCCUGCUUGAGAGCAGAACUUUUCUCCUGUAUAUUUGUACAAGAUUGUAAUCCUUUUCUUUCCUUGUAGUUUCCCUUAUUGUCUUAGCUUUCUUGGAGAAUUGACGCUGUGUAAAAUGCAGACACAUUAUUGAUUAUAUAUAAUAUAUAUAUCGGUGUUUUAAAAUCCGGAUUGGUCUGGUUGGAUUG